GGAAAAGAUUUAAAAUAGAGGAAGAAGGGGGGCUCAUCUAGGGUUUUCGGUGGGGGUGUGGUUCAUCCGGGCAUGAAUUUCUGGCGGAUGGAUGUGAAAUUAUUGGAUGGCUACUGUGCACAAUGGAGAGAAGGUCGUACACUCUUGCUCGUGGAUGAAGGAAACCAGGGAGUUACAGAGUAUUAAUUUGUUUGAUUCUUCAAUUUUUUGUUUCUUUAAUUAGGAAUUGAAAUUUUAAAAUUUCAAUUAUUAUGAAUUUCCAUAUCCAAUAUUAUAUAAAAAGGGAGAAUGAUUUUUAUGAUAAAAUGUAUAAAAGAAAUAAUUUUUUAUUAUUAAUAUUGAGUUGGUGCAUUCAUGGAGGAUAAUGACAUUGAUUCUAUCAUUGAAGAGCUUCGUUUGGAGAAUGAACUCUAUGCUCAAAGUCUAGCCCUUAAUCCAACCAUACCAAGAUUUGAAUUCUCACUUAGUGACUUUGAAUAUAUUCCCAUCCACCCGGCUAUUUCUAUAGCUUCACAAGCUUCCCUACCUCAACCCAAGGUUCCAUAUCCUAUUUCUAACCCUACAUCAACACCUUCGUCUUUACCCAUUAAUCCUCCAACCUUACCAUAUCCUCCCCCUUACUUCAAUGGUCUAUAUGUGGGUUGGCCUCAAGCUUAUCCUACGCCAAACCCAUAUUACCUUGCCCCUUAUCCUUACUAUCCUCCCCAAACAUUCCCUUGCAAUCCUUAUCAAAGUGGAGAGGUAGUGGGAUCUAAAAAGGAAGAUACACCGGUGGAGGAGUAUUUAGAGAUAGUGAUUGAUAAAGGUGAGGAGCCGUUGGUGUUGGGUACUAUGCAACCGGAGGUCAAAGAAGUGAGUGACAUUUUAUUUGAGCUGGUGGUGGAGGAAUCUGAUUUGGGAGAGAUCAUGGAGGAGCCACUUGGGGAUGAACCCGAACAUCUAUUUCUUGAGGCUCCUCCCGAGCAAUCUAUGAAGAUCAAGGGAGGCUUGAGCGUAGACUCUUCAUUAUAUGCCUUUGAGAGAGCUACAUUGUGCACACACCCACACCUUGAGGGCCAAACUCCAUUCCUCCGGCUGGCUUUUUUCCCUAUCACCAAUGAUUCUUUGGAAUCCGCUACAGUUGACUAUCCGAAGCUUUGCCUGUUCUCUGAAGACCCUCCCUCCCGGGUGGCCCAGCUGGAGGAAAAGUUGAAGAAGGGGGAGGAGCAUAAUCGGGAGCUCAACGUCGUGAUCAUGCGGCAGACGGACAAGAUGGCCAAACUCUCGAAGAUGGCCGGGGUAGUAGGCGCGGAGAACCUCCAGCUAAAGGAGGAGAACACUCAAUUGAUGGAGGAGGUCUCCCGUCUGAAGGGGAUUGUCGAGCUGAAGGACCGGGAGCUACCCGAUAGAGCUCGUCAAUGGAUGGAGAACUUGGAGGAUGCUACCCGGGUGUUCACUCCCCCCCCCCCUGAAAAUGACGAUGAAAUCCUUCAAGCUGCUCUACCGGGAGCCCAUUGGUAAGGAAAUGAUCACGACCGUGGGCUCCUAUGGCUUCAUGUCCGGCCAGAAGCGAGACCGGGAGGCUACUCAUGCCAUUCUUGCCGAACGAGACCCGGACUUCACGGCUGACUCCUAUGGUUUGGCUUCGAUCCCUGAUGACGAGCCUGCUCCCCCCUUCCCCUUAGAGUAGACUUCCCCGGGUAUGCCCGGUGAUUUCUAUGCAAGACACUUCAACCUUUUAUCAUUUGCCCGAGUAUGCCUGGUGUACUUGUAGACAUUGACAUUUAUCUUUAUUGAAAUGCCAUGUUUAUGUAUCUUUCCGGUUAGCUUCGUAUACUGCUUGAUAUCUUGUUUCUCAAUAACUUAGGAUUUGUUAA